UUAUACACGGCUUUUAUUUACGAGUUUAGUAGAUGGAGUGUUAAGAUGUCCACAUCUGUUUUUUCUGGUGUCUUUGAAGUACUCUGCGAAGCCGUUGAAUGGUUGAAUAGCUCAGCAAGAGAUACAAAAACGAACUGACAAAAGCAUUUCCUCGCUAUAAAAAUGUACCUUCAAAAACGAGUAGCCAGAUUUCGAUGGAAAACAACUUUAUUUAGUUGUGGGGCCAAGAAGUGUGGGAUUCAUUUGUCAAUCCACAUUAAGAACGUAGACCCAACGACGACAAAAUGCGGUCCGUUUUGAUCCUCGUAGGUCAUUAUACGCUUCAGUCUUUGAUUUGCCGCUAUUAGUCCCACAGGGACACGUAGUUUAGCUGUUAUUUUAUUAGUUAGUUUAGCCACACGUGUUUCUUUGCACUGCGUGCUUAGGUUCCCACUUUAAAACCGAUCCUAUGAGGAAGUUUAGCUUGUGUCCAGUGCAGUUUGACUGACGUUCCUAGACGCCUUAAUAUGCAGCUAUUAGUGUAUCCUAACAAGUUAAGUGAAUUGCUAUGUAAAUAUUGAUCUUGUUAUUGAAGAACUAGUCCCGACGAUCCAAUUAAAUAGAUACUGAAGGUAAUUGAAUAGGCCUAAUUGAAAUAUCACUCGACCGAGUCGGCUUACUGCAGUGCGUGAACUCUAAUCAUUUAACAAUAUACCAAGGCCUUUGCCUUUUGCCGCCAACGUCGUCUUGGCCAAUCAGCGCGCACCAGGCUACGAUAUAUUGAUGGGUUCUCCAGUGUUUAGUAAAUCUUUUGCCAUGUACGCUUUCGUCUGACGACACUCCAUAGCGUUUAGUGUAAGCGUGCGCUACUUUACCACUGUACUCAACAACUUCCAAAUCUUUAAGUGUUCCAAGUAUCACCUUGGGAAGAAAUAUCCAUAACUGAGUGUUAAAUUGUUGGUCGACGUACACUGUUGAUCACUCUGAGUGAAGAUCUCACCUAAAAUGUUCUACCAGAGUAUUGUUACGUUCUUGGUUAUAGUGUGGACACUCUUUACGCUCCCAUCCGCAAAGCAGGUUCAAGUCGAGGAUAACCUUACGGACCUACAAGCACAGCUGAAAUUCCUGGCACAACAGCUACAGUCUUGUCAAGGAAAUACUCCAUCCAAUGUCUUUGACAUGAAACUUCAUUUGCUUGAUAAAAACACGACUUGCAACGAUGGAUCUCCUGCUGGAUAUUAUCUCAAGACAGCACCUGGAAGCAAGCGUUGGUUGGUGUAUUUAGAAGGUGGGUGGUUCUGCGUCAACAGAAAAUCCUGCAAACAACGAGCAAAUUCUCAUAUGAGAACUCUGAUGACGUCAUUAACAUGGUCAAGCAGAAAGCGAGGAAGUGGUAUCAUGUCACCAGACCCUGAGGAGAAUCCAAGCUGGUGGAAUGCUAAUCAAGUUUUAGUACCUUAUUGUUCCAGUGAUGCUUGGAGUGGUAACGUCUCUAGUUCAGAAAGUGGAGAAAAGUUUUCGUUCCUUGGCACGCGCAUCAUUGAUAAGGUCAUUGAAGACCUGUUGCCCAAAGGACUCUAUCACGCCAACCACCUGUUGCUGGCAGGAAGCAGCGCUGGUGCCAUAGGGGUCAUACUCAACGUGGAUCGAGUGUCGGACAUGCUGCRUGGCCUGGGGUCGAACAUCCAGGUGCGUGGAUUGGCUGACUCGGGAUGGUACCUCGAUAAUGGCCCGCUAAAUCCAGGGUGUCCUAAGGGAGUGACAAAUUGUGGACCUUCCCAGACCAUAAGAGAAGGAAUGAAAUACUGGAGGGGGAUUGUGCCCGACGCAUGCGCAAAGAGGCAUCCAUUAGAGCCUUGGAAGUGCUACUUUGGGAACGUUGUUUAUCCCACAAUAAGAACUCCACUGUUUUUGUUUCAAUGGCUUUAUGACGAAGCACAACUCGCACUCGACGGUUCGGGAAGACCAACAUCUCUCCAGAGCGUUACCGCUGAACAAGUGAACUACAUUUUGAUGUUGGGAAAGCAUCUAAGGAAAUCACUUCGACGCACACAUGUGCAUUCAGUGUUUUCACCUGCCUGCUUAUCACACACCAUACUGACACACAACAACUGGUUGAAGGUCAGGAUCGGCGGGUACACGAUAAACGAUGCCGUAAACUGCUGGCUACAUUCAAGCGGUCACAACAGAGGACACGGUAAAAAUAACUCUAGGUCUCAUACCAAUACGAAUAAUCGCUGUAGAAUGCACUUGGUAGACUCCUGUAUGUUCCCGCAUUGUAACCCGACGUGCCCCCUGCCGAGAGAUCCCAAUACGGGAAAACCGUACAUCCUCAAAAUGUCUGGUAAGAUGCCGGGGGUGCCGCUUAAUUUAAAUGACGAUAGUCAAAUAAUUCCUCCAGGGAGGUAUCGCGAUCGAUCUUAAGAAAAGCGCAUUUCCUUUUUUGUCUUGAUUGCGCACUAGUUAAAAACAAUGAAAUCUUCAAAAUGUAAUCUCAAAUAGUACGUCUAUGAGAGCUAACUACACAACUAUCUUAACACUUGGAUGACUUACUUGCAAGACUAUUUAACUACUUUGACAAUAUCAAUGAAUCUAAGUCGAUGAUAUGACUAAACUUACUUAUAAGUAAACAUUAAAAUAUAAAAACAAGUUGUUUUAGGAAAUAGUGUAAAGUUUACACAAAGCAUUCAUGGUUCCGACUCAGACAAUUUUAAAUUCUAAUAUAUUCAACUAGUUAAUUCGUCGAGCUUGUGGGACCUAGUAACGGUAACUAAGGGGAGUGGGAACCAUGAAUUCAUCUGUGCUUUAGUUUUUAUUUGUGAUGUAAUUGCGCAUGCGCUUACGAAAACCGCUGUUAUUUGCGCGCGUCUGCAAUUGUAUCAUCUGCUUAACAGUCAGGGCCCGGUUAUAUGAAGCCUGGAUAGCGCUAUCAUACUGAUAAAUCUUAUCCAGUGGAUAAAUUUAUUGGAUAAUAGCAUCGACUUAUCCACUGGAUAAGGAUUUAUCCGCCGGAUAGCGCUAUCCAGGCUUCGUACAACCGGGCCCAGGCCUACUUCAGCAAACCACCGAAAUACUGUAUUUAUAUCAAACAUAAAACUAUACACGUUAUUGUAUACAUAUUAAUGUCUUUACUUAUCAUUUAUUAUUGUUGUUUUAUUAAUAAAAUAACGUUCUGUGUAGAAAUACAAAGUUACAAAUCAAAA